AUGAGUCUACAGAAACCGACCGGCUUCCUGCCGCGGUCGACGUGGAACUGUUCUGCUGAGAUAACUGCAAACCCUGAUGUUAGUGGAAUUGGAGUGAUCGUCGGUUUUGUUGGGACAGGUGGACUUAUCAUCCUGCUUCUUACCGUUCAUUAUCUUUUUGCAUACGAUCCUACAUUGGAUCCGUUCCGCACUCUCAAGCAAACAAAUGCAAAGACGAGCCGACCUAACUCCAUUGAUGUCGCCUUCUUGGGAUGGUUCAGGGGACAUAUGACGCAUUUUGGGUUCCAAUGGUUCUCAGCAGUCACACAUCUAGGAGCCCUCACAUAUCUUCGAAAUUACUACAUCAAUCGCGCAAAUCAAUGUAUCUGGAGACUCGCUCUAAUGACUGUGGUUCUGGUCAUGCUAAUAGCCGUGAUGAUCAUUGGAGUUCCCAUCAGAGCAGACCUGGAACAAGGUCAUGCCCCAGCUAUCUGUGUCUUGAGUCAUAGAAGGGAGAAAUACGUUGAUAAUCUUCCUGAAGUAGCAUUAUCAACAUCAAUCUCGGUCUUGAUGAUGGCUCUAGGUUUCGCAUUCCGGGUUUUGAAAAUGGGCCGCUGCACAUCUGACCGAUUCCAGAUAUUCCGGGACAAGUACCGAACAAAAGUUAUCAAUAUCGUCAAGUUAGACAGAAAGCCUCCUCAAAUAUGUACCGGACCAUGGGUACACAUGACAUUUGUUGCAAAGCCGUUGAGUGCGUGCUGGCUGUGUGGCCGAACGUAUUUGGAAUUCUUCAACUCAAUUUUCGGUGAGCUAUUUUGGCUCACCUUUAUGGCUUCUUGGGGGCUUACCCAUCUGAUUUAUUUCCGGACAAUUGCGGGUCGAGAGGCGAUCUGGGCUAUAGAACCUAUACAGGAUGGCGAUGCUACGAGCAUCCAGGACGCUUGGGGAUUUGGGCAAGUGACAGCCGUAAUCCUAUUCGCAAGCCCGAUCAUAUUCAUUGUGGAAGCAUUCUGCAGUAUUGGCUCACAAGAACCGUCUUCACUGCAUCAAGAUGCUGCUACAUCAUUUCUACAAUCCUCACCAGGAGGGUCACGACGAGUCACCACUGGGUUGCCUGAAGACACCAUGACUAGAUCUGGAUCUCUGGAAACUGAGCAAGUCAAAGAAUUGGCGCGGAGUCUGCAACCAAAGUCGCACAUGGAGUUGGCUUCCACACGAAUCUCUUCCUUAACCAUUAUUAUCUUCAACAUUGUGUUUGUGGCUCACUUACUCGUGUUCUUCUUUUAUAGCCCUAAGACCGGCGGGGUAGUCAUGGCAUCUUCCAGGCUCGGUGCAUGGUAUUUAUUAUAUCAGCCACUUCUAGUUCAUCUCAUCUACCUGAUGGGCUUCGAAUUGGAGCCUAGGAUCAAAAGAUCUGAACUAAGGAGAUGGAUUCACGUUGCUUGCUUCAUCAUCUUGAUUUUCUUCUCUUACUUGGUCACGUCUGGAAUUUGGUCGGUCGGGUCGUGGCUCAACACGUUAACUCCAUUCGACUAUGUUUCAUCUUCAAUUUUACUGGCCUUUUUCUUUGGAUAUGUUCUAUACGUUGGUUUAUCAUUCGCAAAUAGUAGAUGUGCAGUAGCUUCUUCCCAAGGGGUCUAA